GGUAAAUUAGGUAUCUAUGGAUUUGACAAUGAUUCUUCAAUAAUCCACGACCCAACGUAACCCCGUGGAACUUAAAGUAACUAUACAGUAUGGUGGCACCUAGACAGGUACAUAACAUACAUACAUAAAAGCAGCCCCUUAAUCAUCUCGGCCUACGCCAGCCCCGUAUAUAUGUUGAAGAACCCGACGCAAAUGCCGAUUACUACCUACCCAAUUACAAAUUAAGACUUGACUAAAUGGGCAUCACAUGAGGAGGCCUGAAAACUGGACGUUGGGCGAGGCCUUUGACAAGGCAUUCCCCUGGCUCAGGGGCACGUAUAUUCUGGAAAUCGCUAACUCCACAGUCUCCACUAUGAUGAGAGAGACAAUGAAUGGGCAUCUUAGUGGAGGAGAACUGGAUAUCUACGCGAGCUACCACAUCAGCUGAUUCGUAGUAAUGGGUAUGACCUAUCCAGUGUGCUCUCUGAGUCGAGUUUAGCAGAACAAAGGAAGCAAUAGAAGACCAGCAAGCAACCUGUGUGGAGUACAGAGAUAUGGGCGACUCCGUAAAGCUAACCCUGGAGAGUUCAUAAUUAGUACAGCUACGGGCAUAGCCGUCAUCCUACGUUGGCCGUAGUGCCUAGUAGAUC